AUGAGCCCAUUUCGCAAAGUAAACGGCCCAGAAAAUACUUUGUUAAGGGUUAAAAACCCAACACAGUUAUGUGACGAAAGUGAACUAUUUGACUGGUUAAAUUUAUCAACUGAAAGUGAUUCUGAUUUAAGUUUUGACAUUUCAUCAACGGACAGCUCAUUAACUAGUGUCACAAUUUCUGAUUCUAAUUCAUCAGAUAAUUUGGACUUAAAUAGUAAUUGGGAUUCCUCAAAAAUUAAGAAGAAACGAAAGGUAAGAUUUAAUCUAAUUCCUCAAAUACGCAUACUUCGAACGUGGUUGUUGGCUCACAAACUUGCAAGACAAAGUAAUUGGGAAUCUGCAAUUGAUGCCAGAAAUAAAUUCAAAAGAAGAAUUGAGCACACCGGUAAAGUUAUAUCUGUUGUUUUAAGCAGUCUCCAUCGCACUAGAGUAUACAAAGAAAGAUUUUCUACGAAAAAAUUCGGUGUUAAAUUAAAUGACACAUGUGAAAUGGGAAUGUUGGAGCAAGAUUUUAGAAGUAUAAGGAUAUAA